AUGCAAUACUCAAAAGUCGCUAUCUUGUCUGCCGUUGCUGGUUCAGCCGUUGCUUCAUACAACUCAACUGUCACUGACAUUGCCACCACCGUUGUUACCAUCACUUCAUGUGAAGAAAACAAAUGUACUGAAGUUCCAGUCACCACCGGUUUGACCACUGUCACUGAAGUUGACACCAUCUACACCACCUACUGCCCAUUGCCAUCAACUGAAGCUCCAGAAUCAUCUGCUCCAGAAACCAAGGCUCCAGAAACUUCUGCUCCAGCUUCUAAAGCUCCAGAAUCAUCUGCUGCUGAAUCUAAAUCUACCGUUGCUGCUGAAUCUUCAGAAGCUCCAUCAGUCUCUUCAUUCGAAGCUGGUGCCGGUAAAUUGCAAGUUGGUGCUGCUUUGGUUGGUGCUGCUGCUUUGUUGUUGUAA